CUGGUCUCAUUCGCCAUGUGUGAACUCCUGCUCCUGCUCCUCUGCCCUGGCCUCAUCCUCGGGGCUGCUCUCCAACCCAUGCACUGUGCCCCAUGCACUGAAGAGGAGCUUGCGCUGUGCCCGCCGGUGCCUGCCAACUGCCCUGAAACAGCUCAUCCGCCAGGCUGUGGCUGCUGCCAUACCUGUGCCCUCCAGCUGGGGGAGCCCUGUGGAGUAUACACAGCCCGCUGUGGCCGGGGGCUCAGGUGCUCUGUGCCCCCAGAGGAACCCCGGCCCCUGCAUGCCCUCCUCCGUGGGCAGGGCACCUGCCUUCCCGCCACUGACACAGCAGAGGCUGCAGAGUCCCUGGAAGCAGAAGACAUGCCCCGUGAAGACCCUGACAUGACAGCUGAUCAGCAGGACAACACCCAGCUGACGUUUGCUGCUGGCCAAGAUAAGCCUGUCCCUUGGAAUUCGGUUGCUGCCCACGAAAGUGUGAAAGCCAGGAGACCGAAUGAACUUAAGAAGUUAAAGAGACAAGCGCCAUGUAAAAAAGAACUCUACAAGGCGCUGGAGAAGUUAACCAAAGAUCAACAAAGAAUCGGAGAAGAGAUAUACAGAUUCUAUUUGCCAAACUGCAAUCGGAAUGGAUUUUACCACAGCAAGCAGCAUCCCUACGAUGUGUUUCAAAAUUGAAUGACUCCCUCAAAUAACCUCAUCUCAUGAAGCAUCUACUCCAUUUUAAUUACUUUGAAAUAAACUUAGUCAUUUACCCCAACUAGUGUGAAACUUCACUCAAUUCAAGUCCUGCAAAAUGCUGGUGUGUCUAUCCAAAAGAUGGGAGCAGAAUUCCUGGAUCCAUCGAAGUGAACGGCAACCCUGAAUGUGAACAGUAUUUUGACUCACAAGAAUAAGAGCAAAUAUACAACAAAGUUUGUGCAAGUAGACUCCAAUUUUUCCACAGUCAAGGAAACCCUCAGGCAGCAGGUCUCUCAGCACGGACUGGCCAUACAGCCUAGUCCUAGGCAUGAUUUCUCAGAUGCAAAGCCUCCAUGAUCCCAGAUGCACUGCCUAUAUGACUGUGCAUAUAGGACUGUGACCCAGCGUUGUGUCAUCUUGUAAUCAUAAAGAAGAUUGGACAGUGGAGAUGCUGGACCUUCACACCUUCAAAUGUAUAAAUAACAGUAACAGGACUACUUUUGUAGCCUGACCAUAUUUCAUGAUUCAUAAACAGUGCUGGAUUAUUUAUUUUAAAUUUUUAUAUAUUUUAUUUGUCUGUAUUAUUAACUUAUAAAUCUGUAUUAUUCAACACUUUGAAACUUAAUAUGUGAUACUUUUAAUACUGUUUCUCUGGAAAUAUGCACUUUUUCUGUUUUCAAAGAGCACAGUAGAUCAGUUAAUAGAGUGCAAAAAUUAUGGAGAAAAUAGUUUUGUCAAUGAUUACUUUUGUAUCAUGUAUUUAUGCCAUUUGAAAGUGUAGUGUAGAUAUGAGAACGACACCGAGCACAGUUCUAGUAUUUAUUUAAAAGCCUAUUGCAUUUUCUUUUUCUUUCUUUCUUUUUAUUAUGCUUUAUUAUAAACACCAACAAAAAUUAAAAAGAAAAACCAUACAUCUACAGGUAUGUCAAUUGUUACACCAAAUACAAAAUAAACAAAAGAAUAAAAUCAUAUAUUCUGAUAGUAGAUCUUCUUCAAGUACAUCUAACUUCCUGUCUUCUCCAUACUUCAUUUAAUAUUUACAAACUUAUUGCAUAAACCUGUCUGUUCAUUUUAUAAUAAAGUAUUAUUCUCCUA